UCUGUGGGGACAUGGCGGCGGCACGCCGAGGGAAAGCGGGAGAUCCUCGCGCCGGUUUCAGGCGGGACGCGGGGGAGCCGGGGCCCGCGGUGCCGCAGGGGCUGAUCAGAGCGGCCAGGAAGAACGGCCAGUUAAACCUGGCAGGCCGCGACCUGAGUGAGGUACCUGCGAAUGUGUGGCGAAUAAAUUUGGAUAUUCCCGAGGAAGCCCAUCAAAAUCUGUCUUUUGGUGCUGCUGAUCGCUGGUGGGAGCAAACAGAUCUGACCAAACUCAUCUUAGCCUCAAACAAACUGCAGUGUCUUUCUGAGGAUGUCAGACUUUUGCCUGCUCUCACUGUACUGGAUGUACAUGAUAAUCAGCUGACAUCUAUUCCUUCUGCUAUAGGAUUUUUGGAAAAUCUUCAGAAGCUCAGUGUCAGUCACAACAAGCUGAAAAAUAUUCCAGAAGAGCUGACACAGUUGAAACACUUGAAGAGCCUACUUCUCCAACACAAUGAGUUGAGUCAUUUACCGGAUGGGUUUGGACAGCUUAUCAGUUUAGAAGAGUUAGAUCUUUCCAACAACCAACUUGCAACCAUUCCAUCCAGUUUUGCUUCCCUAACCAGUUUGGUGCGACUCAAUUUGGCCCAUAACCAACUGAAGAACCUGCCAGCAGAAAUCAGCGCAAUGAAAAGCUUAAAACAACUGGAUUGUACUAAAAACCAGUUGGAAACCAUACCUUCUGAAUUGGCCAGCAUGGCAUCUUUAGAACAGCUUUAUCUAAGAAAAAAUAAAUUACAGUAUUUACCAGAAUUUCCAUCAUGCAAGUUACUGAAGGAGUUACAUGUUGGUGAAAAUCAGAUUGAAGUGUUAAGUGCAGAGCAUCUUAAGCAUCUGAAUUCUCUCUGCGUGUUAGAGCUUAGAGAUAACAAGCUAAAAUCACUGCCUGAUGAAAUUACUCUGCUUCAGGGGUUGGAGCGACUUGACUUAACCAACAAUGAUAUCAGUAGCUUGCCUUGUGCUCUGGGGAAUCUUCCUCAGUUGAAACUCCUGGCAUUAGAGGGAAAUCCUUUGAGAACUAUUCGAAGAGACAUGUUACAGAAAGGCACCCAAGAACUCCUGAAGUAUCUGAGAAGCAAAAUCCAAGAUGAUAUAACUAGCCCAAAUGAGGGGUCUCCUGUGACAGCCAUGACUCUUCCAAGUGAGUCAAGAAUUAACAUUCAUGCCAUAACUGCAUUAAAAGUAUUAGAAUAUAGUGAGAAACGAGCAGCUGUGAUUCCUGAUGAAAUAUUUAAUGCAGUCGGAAGCAAUUCUGUCACUACUGUAAACUUCAGCAAGAAUCAGCUGAAUGAAAUUCCAAAAAGGUAUAGCUACUUCUUAGUAGAUGUCAUUCCACAUCCUAAUAAUUCUUUUCUCUCCUUCACAGUGGUAUCUUUUUUACAACAUGAAUUACUGGUAGUGAAUGCUGCUUUUCUUUGUUUACAAUUCAGAAAUAACUUUUUGACAUCUUUACCUGAGGAAAUGGAAGCACUGAUAAGACUGCAAAUAAUAAAUCUUUGCUUCAAUAGGUUUAAAAUAUUUCCCAAUGUUCUUUAUCGCAUCCCAACACUUGAAACUAUCCUACUCAGUAACAAUCAGGUUGGAUCCAUAGACCCUCUGCAAAUAAGGAAGAUAGACAAGCUUGGCACCUUAGACCUUCAGAAUAAUGACCUCCUUCAAGUGCCACCAGAACUUGGAAACUGCGUAAAUCUUAGGACACUUCUGCUAGAAGGAAAUCCAUUCCGCACUCCUCGAGCAGCCAUUUUGGCAAAAGGAACAGCAGCUGUACUAGAAUACCUAAGAAGUCGAAUUCCUACUUGAUCAGAGUACACUUAUUUUUUUGUUAGGCUUAUGGAUCAAAAUACAAGCAAGAUUUUUACCAUCAGAAACUCAAAGGCCAUAUACCAUUCUAACUGACUUCCUUCCUGUUUGUCAACUAUUGAUUAAGCUGGCCUGUGCCAUAAAGCAAUUUUUAUAAUACUGCUUUUACUCUGCAUGUUUGAAAAAAAUGCCCAUCCAUAAAAUCUCAGCUUUUCUUCCAGAGUUGCAUAGAUCAACAUUUCAAUUGAAAAUACCACAAUGCUAAUUUUCUUUAUUUGUAAUGCAGUGAUUUCAAUGGAUACUACCAUUAACAAUGACAAUUUUUUCUACAAUUCAGUUUAA